UCAUAUUCCAGCGUCCCGGUCGUGUUUUCCCUCCUGUGGCUCCGUUUGGGUUUCUGCUUGUUCCUGAGUUCUUUGUUUUUCCAGAACCAGGAGGAUCCAGAGGCCAGGAUGGGACCCGUAGAGCUCCUCCACAUGUCGGUUUUCUCCCAAAGCUUUUCUCCCUGCGGCCGCUUCCUGGCGGCUGGGAACAACUACGGAGAGAUCGCCCUGUUCAGCCUGGCUGCGGCUCUCAGUCCAGACGCCACGACGGCCAAUCAGAAGCCUGUUCUGACGUUCACAGCUCAUGAAGGUCCCGUCUUCAGUCUGCUCUCCACCGACUCCGUCCUGCUGAGCGCAGGGAACGGCGAGGUCAGCGCCUGGAACUGGACCGAACUCAUCAAGAAGAAUGUGAAGCCGCUGUGGACGAAGAGGCCGAACUACAAGUCCAGUCUGGAGAUUCCAGAGAUCAACUCCAUGGCCAUCAACCCUCGAGACGACAGCCUGGCGAUCGGAGCGGGGGACAACAACGUCCACAUCCUGGACCUGGAGCACGGCGCCUUCAAGGUGACCCUGCGGGGUCACACAGACUACGUGCACUGCGUGUGCGUACGUGAGCGGGAGGCGGAGCUUCUGUCUGGCAGCGAGGACGGCGCUGUGCGGAUGUGGGACUGCAGGACGGGGCAGAGCGUUCACUGCAUCGAGGUCCAUAAGUACGAGAGCUGCGCCAGGCCUCAGCACGGGAAGUGGAUCAGCUGCCUGACCACGGACUCUGAUUGGAUGCUGUGCGGCGGCGGCCCGUCUCUGUCCCUGUGGCAUCUGCGCUCGCUGUCGCCGACCUCUGUGUUCCCGCUGAGUGGCUGCCAGCGCCGGGCCGCAUUCCACCAGGACAUGAUCCUAGCUGUGGGCGACGGUGCCUUCGUCUCCCACUGCCUUCUGGGAGGAGAGGUCAAAGGUCAGAUCCCGUGCACACCACCAAGCCUCAACACGCUGCAGCUGAACACAAAGAGCUCCGAGCACCGGGUGCUGACGGUCGGCGGCGGCAGCAGCAAGAUUGACGUCUUCACCAACCUGUCCUACAGAGCCUUCUCCCUCAGCUUCUGACCAGAACCAGAACCAGGACAGGAUCGGAUGAGGAGUAGAACCAGGACGAACUCUAAAUAAAAUCCAGUCUUUGUUACAUUUCA